GGAUAUUUUUGGAGAAAUGGAAACCGAAGGUGUACUAGACGUCGAUUCCAACCUAGAUCUUUUCUGUCUGCAAAUAGUGGCCACGAACCUCAUUCAACGAUCCUUACAGACCUUUAAAGACUCAUGGAACUGCCAUCCACUUCGAACAGAAAAUCAUCGCUCACCAAUGCAACUUUAUCACGAUGGUUUGCAGCAUUUAAAAACCCAGCAAGAUAACGGAGCCAUAGAAGGCGAAGAUACUGAGCUGAUCCAGGGACAGAAAUUAAAACCGAUUUCGAAGUGGUCUGGUUACAAGGAUACCUUCUAUCGUUGUGUAAUUGAUCAAUUUGGAGUGAACAUUUCCGAAGAGGAACUACUCUGCAUUGUUGAUCUUAUUAAUCCAGCCACCAUUGAAAUUUGGAAUGUAAAAAAGAAAUUCAUUCAGCUUAAACUAUUUGUUCUCCAAAAUUUUGAUGAUUAGAAGUAAGUCAACCGAAGACUGAAAUAAAUGUUGUAAUGUACGGCUUGCCGUCACAGAUUGCA